AGUUUUUGUGAUAGUGUGAUUAUUAGUGGAAAGUUACGGAUAUAUGGUGGGACCAGAGUUUGCCAGAGUUUAGUAUAUUGCAGAUUUGUCUAAAUUGGAGAUGGACUGGGUGUUGUACUGUCGUGAAGUUUUCACUGGUGUUCCCCUCUGGUAGGUGUAGUGGCAGUCGCUAAUAGAGGGGCUGCUGCAGUUUCUUUUUGCCUUUUAUGGUUUUGGGUGGUACUCCGGGAGGGCCCCUGGCGAACUCGGCAAUGCCACUGAAGACUAGGGUUGAGUUUAUUUAGUUUCUUGGAUAGGCAGUUAGUAGGGGGGGAACCAGUGUUUCAGUGACUUGUGUUUUUUAUCUCCAUUGAGUGUUUGAAUUAUCAGGUUUGGAUUAAGUUAUGGCUACCGUUGUCGAUGAGUUUGUUGAGGCUCCAUCCAGUGAAGCUUUGGAAUUACUUACAAAGGAACAGUUGCUCAAACUAGCACAACAUUAUGCAAUUGAUGUGGAUGCCAGACGCACAAAGCAGACAAUCAAGAAUAUUCUGAAAGCAAACCUCCAAGAGGAAGGAGUUCUGGAAACAGAGGAAUGAAAAGCACAAGAGGUUUAUUCUUCUAUGUCAGCAGAGGAAUGCAAAAGCUACAUAAAGGUAAAAGAGGCUAUUCUGAAAGCUUAUGAGCUGGUCGCUGAAGCGUACCGACAAAAGUUCAGAGGCUGGAAGAAAACAGGAAAACAAACAUAUGUGGAAUUUGCAAGAGAUCUUGAACUGCAUUUUAUUCGUUGGUGUAAAGCAGCUGAGGUAGAUACUUUUCCAAUGUUAUGUGAGCUGAUGCUGGUGGAACAGUUUAAACAGGCUGUACCAGAUCACAUUGCCACUUACAUCACUGAACGUAAGGUUACCACUCUGGGUGAAGCAGCAGUAUUAGCUGAGGAGUAUUUAUUAACUCACAAGCGUGUCUUUGGGGAGCACUCUCAUUGGGUCAAACCUCACUCUAAUGGGGAUAAAAGUCAGAGACAGGGUGGACCUCCGAGAGUGGAACCACAGUUUCCCAGUAAAGGGGGGUCUGAUGUGUGUCAUUACUGUCAUCAAAAGGGCCACUGGAAAAAAAAAAUUGUCCCGUGCUGGCUGGGAAAGGCAAAUUGAUGCAGGUUAAAUCUGCUGUUUUAGUGGCACCAGUACGCAAAAACAUGCCUUCAGACCUAGUUGAACCCUCUGGUUUUACAGUUCAAACAAACAGCAUCUCUGAGAUUGAUUCAUGCUAUCAAAUCUUCAUCUCUGAUGGAGAUGUAAGAUUAAGGGAUGGAGACCAGCAAACCUCAGUCAAAAUUUUGAGGGAUUCAGGAGCCAUGCACUCUUUUGUAAAGGCAGCUGUUUUGCCUUUUUCUCCAUGGUCAGACACCGGGGGCUGUGUGCCCUGUAGAGGUUUGGCGCUCCAAACUCUUUAUGUUCCGGUGCAUAAAAUGUUUUUAUCAUGUGGUUUCUUCCAGAAGGAGGUGGAGAUUGCUAUUCGGGAAGAACUUCCAGUCUGGGGAGUUGAUAUCAUCUCAGGUAAUGAUCUGGUACUUGAUGGUCGUAUGUGGCCCGAUGAUAAAAGACCUGUAUGUGCGUCUCAAAAUCCCACCUUAGUACAGAUUGAGCUGCAACAGCUACCAUGUCAUCCUGUAGCAGCACCUCUAGGGGGCGUUGUUGAAACUCCUGUAUCCAUGCAGACUGAUCUCUCAUGUUCUUUAGAUCCUGUAAAGGUCACUGUUCUAGGUCCUGAGGUGCCACCGGUGGGGGCACAGCAGCCAGAUGAGGGGAAAGAUGUUUUGUCCACUCUGUGUGCUGCUGUAACUGCGACGGCAGCAGCAUUGCCCUAUGGUGGUAUAUCUAAGCAACAAGGCAAAGUCUAUUCCUUUACUGUGCAAAAUAAUCUUUGUGUUUCUCAUGCAGGCCUGGUGCAAGAACAGAAAAAGGAUUCAUCCUUGAAAGAUCUGUAUGCGUUGGUGGUGCCAUCCAAUCAGGCAUUUACCCAGGUGAAGGAGCUGUUGUCCUCAGCUCCAGUGCCUGCAGCUCCUCGGUUGGACCAUUCCUUCGCACUGCAGGUGGAUGCCAGUGAUGUAGGGGCUGGUGCUGUAUUGUUGCAGGCAGAUGAAAAGGGUGUUGAGAAACCUGUUUGUUUCUUCUCAAAGAAAUUCAAAGGGUACCAACGCCAUUACUCAGUCAUAGAAAAAGAAGCAUUGGCUUUGAUUUUAGCGCUGCAGCAUUUUGAUGUUUAUGUUGGGUUGGGUUUCAAGCUGGUUGUUUAUACUGACCAUCAUCAAUUAGUUUUUUUUUUUUGAAAUCAUUACAGAAUCCAAACCAAAGACUGAUGCGGUGGGCAUUAUUCUUGCAACCGUAUCAUCUAGAUAUCCGUCACAUUAAGGGCAGAGACAACAAGGUGGCAGAUGCGUUGUCUCGUGCACCUGUAAAUUGAAGCACAGUCGGCUUCUAUGUUCUUCUCCUAUCCUGUUUGCAUCUCGUGGUCUCGUUCCUGUGUUCUCUUAAAGGUGCUUCUUCUGGAUCCAAAGUUGCUGGGUCAUAGGAAUGUGGAGCAUUGGUGAGGUAACUGGGUGGGGGAGGGAGAGAAUCCACUAUGUGGGAUGUGUUAUAUAAAUUUUUUUUUUUUCGGAUAGUCUGCAGUUUGUAAGAAUGGAGUGUCUUCUGUGAAGUGUAUAUACUUUGGUGGUUUGUGAAUAAAUGGAGGAUGGACUAGUCUGGUUAUAGUAGGCUGGUGUUUUGUUAUUUUGGUUCUUUCUGUCUUACAGGGUCAGAGGUGGUACCUCUGUGUUACAUGGGGGGGUGAUGAUGGAUGGAGUGAUGGAUGGAGUGAUGGAUGGAGGAGGUUCCUCCAAGUCCUGGUGCUGUGGAAGGAAUCAUCAGGCAGGAUUGCUCGCACCUGGAAGGAAGUGGGUGUGGCCCCUGGUCUGGGACUGCAAAGCACUGCUCAGGGCAGUCAGUCUGUCUCUGGCUUCCCACCUGGCUGGAUCUCCCACACCUUGUGUAAUUUGGGUUUUUUCUUUUGUUUAGAGAAGUAUGUUUGGUUCAUCAUCUGUUUAGUGGACUAUGUUUGAUUGAUUCUUAAUUCUUUGUUUUGUUAUAUCCAUUUAUUUGUUAAAUAAAUUACUUUAUAUUCUAUUUAGUAUAGUCUUCUCAUGUUGUUUUGUUCUUUGCCACAGA